UGCAAAAGCAUGAAGUUUGGCAUGUUGAAGGACCAUCAAGCUGUCACUGGAAACAUCACUGCUUUUGAUGGAUCCAUUCUCUAUUUACCUGUUAAGCUUCAACAAGUUCUCGAGUUAAAAAGUCAAAGGAAAACCGAUGGUGCGGAGAUCAGCAUUAAGAUUCAGUUGACCAAGAUCCUGGAGCCCUGCUCUGACUUGUGCAUUCCCUUCUACAAUGUUGUUUUCCGUCGGGUAAUGAAACUUUUAGAUAUGAAGCUUGUGGGGAGAAACUUCUAUGACCCGACGAGUGCUAUGGUACUGCAGCAACACAGAUUGCAGAUCUGGCCGGGCUAUGCAGCUAGCAUCCGGAGGACAGAUGGCGGUCUCUUCCUGCUAGCUGAUGUCUCCCAUAAGGUCAUUCGCAAUGACUCUGUGCUGGACGUUAUGCAUGCCAUGUAUCAGCAGAACAAAGAAAACUUCCAGGAUGAGUGCACCAAGCUUCUGGUUGGCAAUAUUGUCAUAACCCGAUACAACAACCGUACCUAUCGGAUUGAUGAUGUCGAUUGGAAUAAGACUCCAAAAGAUAGCUUCACAAUGUCUGAUGGGAAGGAGAUCACGUUCUUGGAAUACUACAGCAAAAACUAUGGGAUUACAAUUAAGGAAGAGGACCAGCCACUGUUGAUCCACAGGCCCAGUGAGAGACAGAAUAACCAAGGGAUGCUGCUGAAAGGUGAGAUCCUGCUGCUGCCUGAGCUUUCCUUCAUGACUGGGAUCCCCGAGCGGAUGAAGAAGGACUUCAGGGCCAUGAAGGAUUUGACCCAGCAGAUCAACCUGAGCCCCAAACAGCACCAUAAAGCUUUGAAAUGCUUGAUACAGAGAAUUUCAAAGAAUGAGACAGCCAGUAAUGAACUAACACGUUGGGGACUCUAUCUGCAGGAUGAUGUACAUAAGAUUGAAGGACGUGUUCUGCCAAUGGAAAGAAUUAACUUAAGAAAUACUUCAUUUAUCACAUCUCAGGAAGUAAAUUGGAUUAAGGAAAUAACCAGAGACCUUCCCAUCUUGACUGUCCCCAUGCAUUUCUGGGCACUCUUUUACCCAAAGAGGGCAAUGGACCAGGCCCAAGAACUGGUUAACAUGUUAGAGAAGGUAGCUGGCCCCAUUGGCAUGCGCAUGAGCCCUCCGGCCUGGGUUGAACUAAAGGACGAUCGAAUAGAGACCUAUGUCAGAACCAUUCAAUCCAUGUUGAGAGCUGAGGGGAAGAUACAGAUGGUUGUGUGCAUCAUCAUGGGCACACGUGAUGAUCUCUAUGGGGCCAUUAAAAAGCUGUGCUGUGUGCAAGCUCCAGUGCCUUCGCAGGUCAUCAAUGUCCGAACCAUUGGUCAGCCCACCAAACUUCGGAGUGUGGCCCAGAAAAUUUUACUGCAGAUUAACUGUAAAUUGGGUGGUGAGCUCUGGGGAGUAGAUAUUCCUCUGAAACAGUUAAUGGUAGUCGGGAUGGAUGUUUACCAUGAUCCUGGCAAAGGAAUGCGCUCCGUGGUUGGCUUCGUGGCAAGCAUCAACCUCACCCUCACAAAAUGGUAUUCACGAGUAGUAUUCCAGAUGCCUCAUCAAGAGAUUGUGGAUAGCCUGAAGCUGUGCCUCGUGGGCUCCUUAAAAAAGUUUUAUGAGGUGAACCACUGUCUCCCAGAGAAGAUUGUGGUGUACCGGGAUGGGGUGUCUGACGGCCAGCUAAAGACAGUUGCCAAUUAUGAGAUUCCUCAGCUGCAGAAGUGUUUUGAGGCUUUUGAGAAUUAUCAGCCCAAGAUGGUGGUAUUUGUAGUUCAGAAGAAAAUCAGCACCAAUCUGUACCUGGCUGCUACCGAGCACUUUACAACUCCCUCCCCUGGGACUGUGGUGGAUCAUACAAUCACAGCCUGUGAGUGGGUAGACUUCUACCUUCUUGCCCAUCAUGUCCGGCAGGGUUGUGGCAUUCCUACACAUUAUGUGUGUGUUCUCAACACUGCAAACCUGAGCCCCGAUCAUAUGCAGAGGUUGACUUUCAAACUGUGCCACAUGUACUGGAAUUGGCCUGGUACCAUCAGAGUUCCAGCUCCUUGCAAGUAUGCCCACAAGCUAGCUUUCCUGUCAGGUCAAAUCUUGCAUCAUGAACCAGCCAUCCAGCUCUGCGAGAACCUGUUCUUCUUGUGACUGGACAACCAGGAUAUAAGCUGAUUAGAGGAAUUAUUAGGCUUCAGAACUCGGCUGUGACUCAUGUAGGAUCAAUAGACUGAAGGGAUUUUUGUGUUGCUGUUUUCCCUUUCGCCAACCCAGUAGAAUAAGAUACCUUCUUUCCUGUUUUUUCCAUUUUAAACCUGGUAUUACCAAGAAGCAAGUUCCAUUCUAAGUAUCAGCUGGAAAUUGCCAUGUUGCCUUUGUAAAACAAAUUGGGGUGAUACUGCUACUGCGUCUGUGGUUCUCAACCUUCCUAAUGCCGCAACCCUUUAAUACAGUUCCUCAUGUUGUGGUGACCCCCAACCAUAAAAUUAUUUUCGUUGCUACUUCAUAACUGUAAUUUUGCUACUGUUAUGAAUCGUAAUGUAAGUAUCUGAUAUGUAGGAUGUAUUUUCAGGGGUCGCGACCCACAGGUUGAGGACCGCUGGGCCUUAGAUGGAGUAGGUGAAUAUGGGGGAAUCUUAAAAAGCCUGAAAAGCCAACAGGAGGUAUAGAAACCUGCAGAAGUAGCAAUUACACCUAGAAGCUCUGCUUACGAAGCAGUUCCCAUUUCUAGCACCAGAAGUGAUAAUGAGUGAAGUCAUUGCAGGUUCCUUAAAGUAGAGAGUUACUUUAUUUGGGCAACUGGGAAAGGUAAUAUAAAGGCCUGUGAAGCCAAGUUUUUCGAGAUACUGCUACUGCUAGCAAGUGUGAAAGACACGUAGUAAACUAGCUGGCGGUAUAGUCAGGCGCUUGCUGACCUAAUCUCUGGGAUUUGAGUUUAUGAGACUAUGACUUAAGCUGGCGUUGAAAGGGGUGUUCAGCUCUCCCUUGGCCUCCUGAGAGAGGCCAGAUAAAUUUUUUCUGUAUAUUUCAGUUUUAGUAAGUUUCAUUUUUUAAAUUAAGAACUCAAACAGGUGAAAUUCAACAUCAAGGAAGAUUUGUGAUGGGGUGUGAGUUUUUCUUGAACCUUUCUCCCAGGUUGUGCCUUCUUUUCUGCGGAUAUAUGUUUGUGAAUGGAAUCACUCAUUUUCUGUGCUCAGUAACCUUUUCCUGGCUGUUGGCUCAUUUUGUUAGGAAUUUUUCUGAAUCUAGGUUAAGAUUUCCAGAAGUUGGCUUUAGAAAACAUGACACUUCUGCCAAAGUCCAGACAUUUCAGUUUAGAAAGUUGUCACCAUGCAUGAGGGUUUCAGUGUUUUGGGGAAGCUCUAUUUUUUGUGUUUAUCUUCCCCGUUUAAAAAUUUUCCAGUCUCUUCAGUCUUAUCUUGCUUUAACUGGGUUUUAAAAGCCAGUUUUAGUUAACCUUUUCAAAUUUGUAUUUAUUUAUUUUUUGCUGUGAUGACAGGAGGGGGGUGAAGCAGAAAUUUCCAUUUUAUAUGACAAUGUGUAAGAAGAGAAAUUUUAGCUUAAAACUCAUUACAAGAAGAAAUCCAAGCAAAUUGUCAGUUUGUCCAGAGCAAAGAUUGAGAAGCCCUGGACUGGUGGUCCUCAUGCACUCUGGCUUCCGGUGGAGUGCGGCUCACAAGGCCAGAGGAAGACCUGGAACUUUGAAACCACUGAAUCAAACAAAUUGGAGCACUAGCUCUGUCAUUUUUCUGAUUCUCUUUAAAAGCAUUUUGAGUUUCUCUUUGGAAGUUAGAUUUCUUAAUACUUACUUUCUCUUAUAUAAUAAAAAAAAUACUAGAAUAUAAUACAAAAUUUCUUCA